AUGACCAGAACUCGAGCAAUGAACGAAUUCUGCAAACGCCGACCCCCGACCUUUCACGGAGACACCAACCCCGUCGUGGCCGAGACAUGGCUGAACGAGGUCAAGAUGAUCCUUAGAACCUUAGAGAUCACCCAAGAUGGAGAUCGUGUGGCCUUGACCACCCACCAGCUGAAAGGAGAAGCCCGCUAUUGGUGGGAUCUGAUGGAGGCAACCCAUGUCCUAGUCACCAUGACCUUUGCCGAGUUCGAGACCCUAUUUCUCGACAAGUACUUCCCCACACCCCUUCGUCUGGCCAAGGAACAAGAGUUCCUAAAUCUGAAACAGGAAACGAUGAUCGUUACCCAAUAUGUGGCCAAAUUCGAGGAAUUGUCUCGUUAUGCCCAAACGGCCGUUGCAACUGAGGAUAAGAAGGCGAGAAGGUUUGAGUGGGGACUGACAACUGCUAAAAGGGCUAUGGUAGCUCAGGCCUUUCCCACCUAUACCGGUGUUGUGAAGUGUGCUCUUCGGCUAGAGAGUGAGGAGACUGACUUCAAAACCCGAUGGAGGAACGCGAAUAACAGCACCGGUGGACCAAUUCGAACCCAUUCACCCAGCAACAACCGUGGACCCUACCCCACCAAACCCUCUAACCUGCUUCAAGGCGACCAACUCUGGAAGACUACUACACCAGGGCGUGGCGAACCACAGAGAAGUGGUCGAGACUUAACGACAGUUCGGUGCUACAACUGUCAGGCUAUAGACCACUACAGCCGCCAAUGCCCGCAACCUCAGAAGGAGGGUAAUGGGAGCUUUGGACAGACAGUACCUGCGUACAAGCUUUGUUUGAUUCUGGGGCAUCGCAUUCAUUUAUCUCUACUGUCUGUGUAA